UUUUUUUCUUAUUCGUUCUAUUUUCUCUCUGAAGCUUAUCUUACUCGAUCACUCGCUGGUUUUGUUGAUUAUCCUCCCACUACUACUCGUUUCGAUCCUUUCGAAAUGACCAUGGCUAAUGUUCCGUUAGUAGGGAAGGAUCUUGGAACAGUGGCGGGUGGAGGAGGAAGAGGAAGAAAAAACUCAUGUCUAGUAUGUGCAGUAAUGAUGGCGAAAUCAGUGGAAGAAGCGUUGAUUGUGAUGUGGAAAGCUAAAGAAGCUGGUGCUGACCUUGUUGAGGUUCGGUUGGACUUGUUGAAGAACUUCAAUCCUUCACAUCAUCUUCAACUUCUCAUCAACAACCGCCCUUUGCCCACCUUAAUCACUUACAGACCAAUAUGGGAAGGAGGACAGUAUGAUGGUGACGAAAGCAAGCGACAGAGUACUCUACGCCUAGCCAUUGAGUUGGGUUCUGACUUUGUUGAUGUUGAAUUAAAGGUAGCUCAUGAAUUCUACAAGUCCCUUGGAGGGAAGAAGCACGAGAGUGUGAAGAUCAUGGUAUCUUCACACAACUUUGAGAAUACUCCAUCCAUUGAGGAAUUGGGUAAUCUUGCUGCUACAAUUCAGUCGGUUGGUGCUGACAUCGUAAAGAUUGCAACAACUGCCUUGGAUAUCACGGACUCAGCACGUGUUCUCCAAGUCCUAGUGCAUUCUCAGGUGCCAAUGAUAGGAAUAGCAAUGGGGGAGAAAGGAUUUAUGACACGAAUACUGUCAGCAAAGUUUGGAGGAUUUCUUACCUUUGCUUCAAUGGAGGCUGGAAUUGAAUCAGCAGCAGGGCAACCAUGUAUCAGUGACUUGCUGGAUUUGUACAACUUUAGACUCAUUGGACCAAAUACCAAAGUGCAUGGCGUUAUUGGAAACCCAAUUAGCCAUAGCAAAAGCCCUCACGUUUAUAAUCCAGCUUUCAAGUUUGUGGGAUUUGAUGGAAUUUACUUGCCCUUCUUGGUUGAUAGUGUCUCACGUUUUCUUCACACUUUCUCAUCUCUUGAUUUUGUUGGAUACAGUUACACGAUUCCUCACAAGGAAGAUGGACUUAGGUGUUGCGAUGAGGUGGAUCCUAUUGCCAAGGAAAUAGGAGCUAUUAGUUGCAUGAUUAAGAGGCUACAAGAUGGAAAACUACUAGGUUACAAUGUUGACUAUCUUGGGGCCAUUACAGCUAUUGAGAAGGGACUAACAGAAUCAAUCGGAAGAUCCAAAUCUAGUUCACCUUUAUCUGGAAGACUAUUUGUGGUAAUAGGAGCUGGUGGUGCAGGAAAAGCACUUGCAUAUGGUGCAAAAGUGAAAGGGGCAAGAGUUGUUGUUGCUAAUCGUACAUAUGCCAAGGCCAAAGAACUUGCUAAAAAAGUGGGAGGAGAGGCUAUAAUUCUAUCUGACUUAGAGAAGUUCCACCCAGAAGAAGGAAUGGUUCUCGCAAAUACUACAUCUAUUGGAAUGAAACCAAAUAUUGAUCACACACCCUUACCAAAGGAAGCCCUGAAACACUAUUGUUUGGUGUUUGAUGCUAUAUACACACCCAAAUCAACAAGACUCCUUCAAGAAGCGCAAGAAGCUGGAGCUGCUGUAGUCUAUGGUACAGAAAUGUUCAUCAACCAAGCAUUUCAGCAGUUUGAAAAUUUCACAAAUUUGCCUGCUCCAAAGCAAAUCAUUAGGGAUGUGCUUGCAAAAAAUAUAUGAGAACAAGUUCGGAUGCUUGAAGUGAUGCUGAUUAAUUAGAAGUUGUUUCUAUUAAGUAUUAGUUAUAUAUAUGGACCAUUUUUCAAUUAUUUCAUUGCUCAAUUUAAUAAUACAUUGGGGAUAUUGGAGACACAU